UCCACGGACAGUGAGGAACGCGACGUGAGGCGACGCAACGUCGAGUGAGUCGCGCGUGCUGGCGUGCAGGCGGGGCGACGAAGGACGCGUGCAGAGCGUGGCGUAGCGUGCAGAGGCCGGCGGCCGCCGCUGGAUGCUGUCCGGGCCGCGACGCCCCCGCUCCUCGCCAUGGACUCGGGGGCGCAACGACAAAUGAAGGACGAGUGGCCGUCCCGAGUGGAGUCGGCGGUUCCCAUGGCGCCGCUCGCUCUCAGCCACGACCACUUUGAGUCGCAGUGCCAGCAGCAGUACGGGGAGGUGAACCAGCUGGGCGGCGUCUUCGUGAACGGGCGGCCGCUGCCCAACGCGGUGCGCAUGCGCAUCGUGGAGCUGGCGCAGCUGGGCAUCCGGCCGUGCGACAUCUCGCGCCAGCUGCGCGUCUCGCACGGCUGCGUCUCCAAGAUCCUGGCGCGCUACCACGAGACUGGCUCCAUCCUGCCCGGCGCCAUCGGCGGCAGCAAGCCGCGCGUCACCACGCCCAAGGUGGUGGCGUACAUCAAGGAGCUGAAGCAGAAGGACCCCGGCAUCUUCGCGUGGGAGAUCCGCGACCGGCUGCUCUCUGACGGCGUGUGCGACAAGUACAACGUGCCGUCGGUGAGCAGCAUCAGCCGCAUCCUGCGCAACAAGAUCGGCGCGCUCGUGCACCACCCGCACCACCACUCGCCGGCGUCGGCGGCGGCGGCGGCGGCGGCCGGCACGGCUGCGGGGGCGGCGGUGGUGGCGGCGGCGGCGGCGGCGGCGCACCACCCGCACCUGUACGGCUCCAUCUACCCGGCGGCCGCCUACCCCUACCAGCCGGCCGGGCCGGGGCCCGCGGCCAAGGUGGCCAGCGCGCCCGGGGCCUCCCCGCCGUCGGUGGCGGCGACGGCGGGCGGCGCGGUGGGGGGCGGCGCGGCGCCGCCCCCGGCCUGGCCCGUGUCCGUGUCGUCGCACUCGGUGUCGGACAUCCUGGCGCACCACCACGCGGCCGCCGCCGCCGCCGCGGCAGCCGCGGCCGCCGCCUUCCGCGCGCCGCCGCCCCCGCAGCACCCGGCGACGGCCGCCCCCGCGCCCGUGGCGGCGCCCGGCCCGGCGGACAACUACAGCAGCUACUACAUGUACCUGCAGGGCUGCGGCUCGCACCACGGGCUGGCGGCGGCGGCGGCCGCGGCGGGCCAGGCCACGUCGCUCUAG